CUCGGGCUGAAGGGUGACUGUUUACCGAGUGAGCAGAGUUUCUAUGGAACAUUAAGAAGGAAACCAGGAACUGCCGUGACACAAAAACGCCACAUGCUGUUGUGAAAAGUCUGCGUGUCUAAUGUGUUUCUAAGUCAGACUCGUCGGGUUCUUAUUCGUUGAGUUUCACGGGCUGAAAAGAUGCUGCUCGGUGUUGCGUUCACGGUCCUGCUCCUUCUGAUCAGCGGAGUUUCUGCAGGGGAAUUUGAUUUCCCUCCCGUUGAUCUGAAGGAGGAGGACUCGGCGGUCGUAGUGAGUUUCACACAUCCCCUCUGCUUCUACGGAGCGCCGACGCAGACGGAUGGAGCCACGUUUAAAUUUACCGUCUCGACAGAUGAGGCAGAUGUGAAUGGGUCUUGCACGGCGCAACAGAACAUCUGCAAACGUUCUGUCUCGUUUCCGGAGGGCGUGGAGAAGUGCGUCGCGCUGGAAGGAUCGUUUGACGGGAAUCGCGUUGGCGACGUGUCGUACUCGUACAGGGAGACGGGACGCAUCUGUCUCUCCGUCCUGUCGCCAAAAAACGUGAAGCUCAACUGCCAAAAUCUGAACGUCUCAGUCAGCUGGGAGUACAGCGAACAGAAGCCUAAAACCAGCUUCAGGGUGCACGUCGGAGGAUCUGCUGGGCAUCUCGUGAGCGACACCACAGAGCAUCAGUACGAUCUGAGCCACUUCGUCUGGGCUUCUGAGGAGCGCUACUUGGGCUUCCAUUAUGUCACCGUGACGGCCAAAGAGGGAGGCAACCAGUCCGAGUCGAUACCAUCGAGCACAUUCACCUUCAACCAUUUAAAAACGGCUGAAAUAUCCCGUAAAUUAGAUUUCCCUCCCGUGGAUCUGAUUGAGAACAAAUCGGGGGCCACAUUGAGUUUCAUGAAUCCGCUCCUCUUCUACAGAGAGCUGAAGCAAGCUGCCAAGUCGGAUUCUGCCAAGUUUAAAUUCACUGUCUCUUCAAAUGAUGGCGAUUCUGAAGGAGCUUGCACAGCUCAAGAGAAAAUCUGCAAACUUAAUAUCUUGAUCCCCGAGGGCGCGGAGAAGUGCGUAAAAACGCUGAAGGGAUGGUUGUUCGAAGGGAGCGAAGUCGGCUAUGUGGAGUUCAGAGAGAUGGGCCUCCUCUGUGCCAGCAAAUCAAAGGAGGUCCACGUGCUACUGCUUGUUAUACUGCUGUUCGUCUUCGCCAUCGUAAGCAGUGUGAUAAUAAUCGUCAUCUGUAAGGUGAAAGCCUGGACACUGAAUGUGCCGCCGAAGCCAAAGCCUCUGAUCUCACUGCAGCCAAACCACAAGGCGGGGGACCUGAGGUACGCUCCUGUGUCCCGUACAGUCAUCAGCCCCGUUACCCUGACUGACAAACUCUGCAAGAACCCUUCGGUCAGCUCCGGGGAGGAGGACGACCUCCAGGACAGCGGCGUCGAUUCCCGGCGUCGAUUACUCGCCAGGCCGUACGCGGAGGGAGGACUUUCAGAGGGAUACGGGAGACACGAGGACUCUGCGGACGACUCGGAGAAAACUGAGAUUGUUUCGAUGGAUUUGGAGGAGGAGGAGGUGGAAGUAGAGGGGGAGGGGGGGUCGGGCUACGAACGCCGACAUAUUUGCCAGGUGGACAUGGGCAAUGGAGACAUGGCCACGGGUUGCAGCGAGGGGUAAACCAACUGACGAGAGGACUUGAUUUGGGAUUAAAGUUUGUUUUAUUGAUGGUUCUAACUCACUCAGGACUACGGUCACAUGUUCGGGACCGAGUACGCACUCUAGAGCCCGAACAAGUACACUCAGGGAGGUGCUGCCUUUGCUCAAGAGACAUCUCGGAGACAUUCGUGCCUUCUUCUUUCUGACUACACUGAUAAAAAUGCACUGACCUUUAAGGAUGUCGUUGGUUUGCUUUGUGAACUAUUUUUGGAGGAAAUUUAAGGUGGAGCCUGACGCUUCUCUACGAAAUCAAAGAGCUGCAACACGAAGGAUUAAAAAAUGCAGCAAAAAGAAGAGAAUACAGACUCAGAGCGGUGACCUUACAGUCACCUUCCAUCCCGCUGAGCAUCUCUUACCUUUAGCCAGUCUCGGCUCCUGUCAAAAAUACAACCGGUGAGAUUUUCAUCUCAGGAAAAACAAGUUUCACAAGAAGAACCGACCGCAGGUCGUAGAUGUAUCGGUGGUUGUUAUGUGUAGCUGCCAGUCAUGAAGGGAAGUGGCUCCAGGCUUUGUAAAAACGCGACAGUUCAACCAAAUGACACGCCAAAAAAAAAAAAAAA